GUCUAGUGUGUGUUUGUGAGAGAAAGAAAAAUAGAGGCGGUAAGUGUGAGAGCGGGAGGGAGAGAAGGAGCAGACUUGUGUUGGUGGGAGCUGGGAGGAAGGAUGGCUGCUCGUAUUUGAACUGCCUCACCUGCUCCAAAGGAGGCAAAAUUUUAGCACAGGCAGAGGAACAGACGUCUCACUAGGGGGGACGCAUUUUGUUCAUCAUUUGCGAGGAGACAGAAAAGACUUAGCAAUGCCUGCUGAAGUCAAAGAGGAGCAGAGUUCAGAGGGGACCCCUGAACUCUCUUUGUCCCAGGAAGUGAAAGAAGCAACCCAAGAAAACCCAGCAGCCGCCGAUGAACUGGACACGCCCACUUCAAUUGCCUCUGUGAUGACCUCGACCAAUGAAAGCUCCACAGACACCACGAACACCUCACAUCAGAUGGAAACUGAGGAGCCCAAAUCUGUGGAACAAGAGGGUGAAAAGGUUUUGAGUGAGACCCAGGAAACCUCAGAGAAGCAACAGGAGAAUGGCCUCAUAUUUGAUCAAACUGAUCCCACAUCGGCUUUGGAAGCUCAAGAUAGCACUUCCAGCCAGCAGCUUACUUCUGAAGCAAAAGCUGAAGCCUCUGAGUCAGUCACAGCAACUACAACAACCACCACUGUAACUCCACAACCUCAGCUUGCGCUGCAGCCUGGAGAGCCUCAUGCAGUGACCCUGGACAGCCAGAGCAGAGUGUAUACAAUCCCUGAUGCAUUUAGAGGCAUCAGUGGCGACAUGUACCCAGGAUAUGGGAGCCUUUCUCGCUUCACCCUCCAUGGUUACCUGCCAACCAAAAACUUCCAGCCGGGGGCUAACUACACUUUACCCUUCCUGAGGGACAUCUACACCCCCACAGGCCUCAGCAACCCAUCAGAGGAGGACAGAGAAAACCUUCUGGACAAGAAGACGGAUCAUUCAGCUGCCAGUUAUCCAGCACUGGGUGGACUCCAGCAGUUUAGGCCAAUAACCACAAUGGAGCUCCUCCGGGAGCCCUCAAGAACCAGGAGUGGUUAUGAUGAUGCGUUCAUGGCCCAGCUGGAGGGGAACCUGAAUCCUUUCUUCCAGGCCAUGUGCCGAGCCCAGACCCUGCAGCUUCCCAACAAGCGCAGCAGCAUGGUAAGCCUGGACAGCAUCCGGAGAGACCCACGCUGGAGAGACCCCAAUCUGCACGAGGUGAUCUCGAUGCUCAGCCACCCAAUGGACCCAGUAAAGUCCAAUGCCGCUGCAUAUUUGCAGCACUUAUGUUAUGAGAAUGAUCGAAUCAAGCAGGAGGUCCGCCAACUAAACGGGGUUCCCAUCUUGGUGGAAUUACUGGACCAUCCUAAGGCUGAAGUCCACCGCAAGGCUUGUGGUGCUUUGAGAAACAUAUCCUAUGGAAAAGACCACAAUAAUAAAAUGGCCAUAAAGAACUGUGAUGGCAUCCAAUCUUUAGUAAGACUGCUGAGAAAGUCAAGCACUGUGGAGGUCAAAGAGUUGGUCACAGGCACUCUAUGGAACCUCUCAUCACAUGAGCCACUCAAGAUGACGGUCAUCAACCAAGGACUUCAGACACUGACUGAUGAAAUCAUCAUCCCACACUCAGGCUGGAGGAGGAGAGACUCAGCCAACGCCUCCAAACUGCAGAGCGCUGAGUGGACAACUGUCUUUAAGAACACCACUGGAUGCCUGAGGAACGUCAGCUCGGACGGGGCAGAGGCUCGGCAGAGACUGAGGGAGUGUGAGGGGUUGGUGGCAGCCCUCAUUCAUGCCCUCCAGUCAGCGGUCAUCAACAAGGACACUGGCAAUAAGUCGGUGGAGAAUUGUGUCUGCAUCCUUCGAAACCUGUCCUAUCAUGUUCACAAAGAAGUACCAGGAGCUGAACGGCUUCAGGAGCCCCAUGCUGGUCAUCUCAUGAGAUCUGUGGGGCAUCAGAAGAAGAAGAAUGACCCUGAAUGUUGUGCAGGGAAAAAACCUAAAGAGGAGUGGUUUAGUCAAGGUUGGAAGAAUGGAUUUAUGGACAGAAAUUGCAGUACACUGGACUUACCAAAACGCACAGAACUUUUGAAAGGCUUGGAGCUUCUGUACCAGCCAGAGGUGGUGAGGCUUUACCUCUCUCUUCUCACCUGCAGUCGCAACCACAACACCCUGGAGGCAGCUGCAGGAGCGCUGCAGAAUCUCGCUGCUGGACACUGGGCUUGGUCCAGCUACAUUCGAGUGACAGUCAGAAAAGAGAAGGGGCUGCCCAUUCUGGUGGAGCUGCUGCGCUCCGACGUGGACAAAGUUGUAAGAGCUGUGGCCAUUGCUCUUCGCAACCUGGCCAUUGAUAGAAGGAAUAAAGAUUUAAUCGCAAGCUACGCUCUGAGGGACCUCAUUGGUAAUCUCCCUUGUGGGCAGCAGCACCCAGCAAAGAAUCUUGAGGGGGACACUGUGGUGUCCAUCCUCAACACAAUUUAUGAGAUCAUCGUGGAUAACCCUGAGAACGCUCGAGCACUCAUACAGUGUAACGGGGUGCAGAAACUGGUGGCCAUCAAUAAGUCAAGCCAAUCAGCUCGGGAGACCAAAGCAGCAUCCCAUGUGCUUCAGACAAUAUGGGCCUACAAGGAGCUGAGAAACACUUUAAACAAAGCAGGCUGGAACAAGAGCCACUUUAAGCCCACAACUUCUGGAGCGACAAAAAAGUCCAAGAGUGCAAAGCAAAGUGGCGAUGACAUCACCUUGCCGCUCAUGGACAAAAGCCAAGAUGUAUACUCCACCUUGGAACCAAACGGCAGAGUUGGAGAUGGAAAGGGCCCCGUUCUAGAAAGAGACACACUUCAGGCGACGAGUGAAAGGAAACACUUCAUCAGAGCUGGCAGGCCUGCAGUGGGCCUCAUGGAUAAUAAACCUCCACCACUGGACUCCUGGGUGUAAUCGGAAUAACACGUCCAGUCGAGCCAGUUAGACCCUGUAACGACACUUUUCGUUGUUGAAAUGCGGUUGUGUGCCAUCUGAUCAUUCGUGUACAGACAAAUUAACAGAAAAAAAAACAGUUAAAAAAAAUAUUAUAAUAAUAAUUUCCUUUGUUUACAGGCCUUAAUGUGCCAAAUAUUUACAUGUAUUUAUUAAGGAAAUGAUUUGGCAAUAGAUUUUAUGGAUUUGUCAUUUAGGAUGAUAUACUGUAAGUCUGAAGCUCAUGACUGACUGAUUAUCCGUCACGUAUGGAAUAGCCCAAAUAUGCAAACUGUGAUGAACCAUGACUCCAAAGAAUAUAUGACAUGUACAGUACAAUUUGAAUUUUACCCCUUAUCUACUGUAUACGUCUAGAUUGUUAUGCUACAGUAGUGAGACCUAAAACAGCAUGUGGAUUUUUUUGUUGUCCACCUCUGUGCUUCUAGGCUUGAGACAAAUUCCAAACAAAAAUCUUUAUUCUUUAAUACAUUUAGGAUUAGGGUUAUCAUCAGACUAACCAUCCAAAUUAUUUGAAAUUCAGUUAAUUCUUGGUAACUCGGAGAUGGCUGUGGAGUCAUUUGUUCUCUGUUUAAGUCUUGGUUGAUGAUAGGUGAAGUGGGAUUGUACAUGUGUAACAAAGGACUGUUAAUAUUCCAAAGGAAGGCAUUUAUAUUGUAACGUUUAUUGUUAUACCCAUGAUAUUAAUUAAGAGUUAUUUAUGUGUAUUCGCCAAUACCGGUAGGUGAUACAGCUCUGCUUUGCAGUGGUCCUUUUUGCAUUGCGAU